UCUUCCUGCAGGAAGAUCAGAGAGAGAGAGAGAGAUCAGGCUUCUCCAAUUAGCUAGCAUAGAGAAAUAGAGGGAGACGUAGCAGACCAGCUUUCAAGUUUCAAAGGGUAUAGCUAGCCAGGUCUCAUUUCUUUCUCUCUCUAGAUCUGUGCUGUGGUGUGGGGGAGGAGAUCGAUGGGGAGAGGGAAGAUAGAGAUCAAGAGGAUCGACAACGCAACGAGCCGGCAGGUGACCUUCUCGAAGCGCCGGAGCGGGUUGUUCAAGAAGGCCAAGGAGCUCGCCAUCCUUUGCGAUGCCGAGGUCGGCCUCAUCGUCUUCUCCAGCACCGGUCGCCUGUAUGACUUCGCCAGCACCAGCAUGAAAUCUGUGAUCGAAAGGUACAGCGAGGCAAAAGAGGACCACCAUCAGACUAUGAGCGCAAGUGCUGAGGCCAAGCUCUGGCAAAGGGAGGCAGGAAGCUUGAGGCAGCAACUGCAUAACUUGCAAGAGCAUCAACGGCAGUUGUUGGGCCAGCAGCUUUCUGGCCUGGAUGUAAAAGAUUUGCAGAACUUAGAGACUAAGCUGGAGAUGAGCCUAAGAAACAUUCGCAUAAAGAAGGACCAACUUAUGAUCGAUCAGAUUCAAGAACUAAACAGGAAGGGAAGCCUCAUGCACCAGGAAAACAUAGAACUAUACAACAAAGUCAACCUUGUACAUCAAGAGAACAUUGAAUUACGGAGAAAGGUGUACGGACAUGAAGUAAAUGAGCAUCCAGAAAGUAGUACAGUUAGACACGGUAUGUUGAAUACAGAGAAUGAAGAUGUUCUUGUUAAUCUUGAGCUGAGUCAGCCACAGAGUGUGCAAAGGGACAAGUCAGAAACACCAAGUACAGGAUGAGUUUUUGUCCAAUUUUCAGGAUAAUUCAGUGGAGUGUAAACUGAUGAUUUAAUCACUGAAAGUGCAUCAGACUUCAGCCGCAGUGAGGAUGACCAAAACUGGGAGAUCAGCAACCGAUAUCUUUGAUUGAAUUACAAGACCUAACAGCUAAACUUUAAGCUACAAGAUGCAAUAGUUUCUGCACGAAGAGGAAUGUUGAUUGUUCUUGAGCUUUUCAUAUUAGUUGCUUGGGAUUCAUUCAGGCACAUAGAGCUUGUUAUGUAUACUAUUGUUCUCAAGAUUAUACUUCAAAUUGUAAUUUUAAAAGAUAGUGCAGCAAA